CGUGCGUGGGAUUACUGCAACAAAUGCUGCAGCAGCAGAAUCAACUCCUUUGUAUACGUAUCGCGUGCUAAUUAAUUGUGUCGUUGCAUCUACAAAAGCAAACAAAAGCAAUAGCCAAACAUCAGCUAAUGUGCGUUUAAUCGUGUGUCGGUGUUGGAGUCGGUGUCGUGUGUAUUUCGAAAUUUCGAAAUUUAAAUUAAAUUUAUUACGAAAACGUCUGUUGUGACAUCAUUAGUGAAAAAAGAGAGCAAAGCCAAAGCCGGAGACCGAAGUAGUUGCCGCAACAAAAACACAAACAAAAAAAAACGAAAAAAAGGAACGGUAAAAGAACUACACACCCGCGGCCUCGCUGCUUCAGCUGCUGCUGCCGGCUGUUCGGUACUGCGCAUGUGUAUAUUAAGAGCAACCACAGCAACAUAGGAACAACGACAACAACUACACGAAGUAGCAUUUAAAGUAAAAGUGAAAAGUUCAAGCAGUAACGGUACAAAUCUAAUUUGUUAUUGCUAGCACAAAAAGUUCUAUGCAGCUCGCAGGGACUGCAGCAACGGCAGCGAAAAGUGGAGUAGCAAUAUAAAAAAAGGGCAAGUGUUUUGAGAGUGUUGCCGACUUCAAGAUAUAACAUACAAAUACUAUUCCAAGUGUUGCCGACUUCAAGUUACAAAUACUUACAUAUUAGCAUAUGUAAGGAAAGUUGUUGCUUACAACCUGCCAGCGUUUCUCUGUUUGCAUUUAGAGGAGCACAAAAAUGAGUUACACAUGUGGAUGCCUGUCGUUGCUCAUUGUUGUUGCUGUCAAUUUGUUGUUGCAAGCUGCAGAAGCCAAUAUUCAUCAGCUGCAGAUGCAUUACAGCCACAACCAUCAACAGAACAACAACAACAACAAUAAUAAUAAUAAUCAUAAGUAUGAAGAGCAAGGGGAGCUGCAGCAGCUGCGGAGCAACGAAAGAAGCAGCGUCUCUGAGGAUAUGAUGUACAAUUACCUCAUGCAGUUUGAUUAUCUGCCCAAGUCGGAUCUGGAAACGGGAGCUCUGCGCACCGAGGAGCAGCUGAUAGACGCAAUAAGUAAACUCCAGGAAUUUGGCAACAUUCCAGUUACGGGCAAAAUCGACUCGGCUACGGCCAAGCUAAUACAACUGCCCCGCUGCGGCGUGGGUGACAAUAAGCAUGCGUAUAAUUUCUCACCGGAUAAUCUGGAUCAUGGCCCGCGUAAGCGUCGCUAUGUGCUGCAGGGCGCAAAGUGGGAUAAAACGGAUCUAACAUGGAGUUUGGUGAAUCAAUCGAUGGCGGAUGCGGACAAAAUUCGGACGAUGGUGUCUCGAGCUCUGCGCGUGUGGGAGACCAAUUCGAAGCUGACAUUCCGUGAAGUGUACAGCGAUCAGGCGGAUAUACAGGUUCUCUUUGCACGGCGCGAUCAUGGCGAUGGGUAUAAAUUCGACGGACCCGGCCAGGUGCUAGCUCAUGCCUUCUAUCCGGGCGUCGGGCGCGGUGGCGAUGCACAUUUCGAUGCCGAGGAAACCUGGGAGUUCGAUGCCAGCAAUGAUGAUAGUCGUGGCACCAACUUUCUGAAUGUGGCGCUGCAUGAACUGGGCCACUCGCUGGGGCUGGGCCACUCCUCGGACUCGAAUGCGGUCAUGUUUCCCUGGUAUCAGAACAAUGAGGUCGAUGGCAAAUUGCCCGACGAUGAUCGCAUCGGCAUACAAGAGCUGUACGGGGCCAAAGAAAAGGUUUGGGGUCCCUAUCGACCGGUAACCACAACGAGCACCACAACCACAACUACAAUGCGUACGCUUACCUAUUAUCCGCAGCAACGACCCACAUAUCCCAAUCAUUAUCCGAACUAUUACCCCAACUAUUAUCCACGAGAGCGAGAUCGUGAACGUGAGCGUGAACAAGAGCGUGAGCGUGAGCGUGAGCGAGAGCGAGAGCGAGAGCGUGAACGAGAGCGUGAACGAGAGCGCGAGCGACAACGUAAACGACAGCAUGAAGAACGAGAAAGAGAACGCGAGCGAGAGCGAGAAAGACAGCGAGAUCGCGAAAGGGAGCGCGAGCGUAAUCGAGAACCCCUAACAACAACGUCAACAACGAGAGCGCCAACAACAAGGAGCACGACAGCAGCAACAAGAAGAACACCAGCCACUCAUCCCACGCACAGGCCCUACAACUACCCCACAGUGCAUAGACACAAUAAGCCACAUAAGCCACGGAAACCCAAGCCAGACAAUUGCAUGACCUCAUACGAUGCCAUCUCCAUGAUACGCAGAGAGUUGUUUAUCUUCAGAGGACAGUUCCUGUGGCGCAUCGGUGCCAAGGGCUUAUAUAAUGGCUAUCCAACGGAAACGCGUCGCCAUUGGGCCGCACUGCCCGAGGACUUUAACAAGGUGGAUGCCGUCUAUGAGAAUCAACAGCGUCAAAUUGUCUUCUUUAUAGGUCGGCAGUAUUACGUCUUCGAUUCAGUCACCUUGGCGCCGGGCUACCCACAGCCUUUGACCAGCCUGGGUCUGCCACCCACUCUCACGCAUGUGGAUGCCGCCUUUGUAUGGGGCUACAAUAAUAGGACGUAUUUAACGAGUGGAACGUUGUACUGGCGCAUAGACGACAACACGGGCAAGGUGGAGCUGGACUAUCCCCGGGACAUGUCCUUCUGGGCGGGCGUGGGCUACAAUAUAGAUGCAGCCUUCCAGUAUACGAAUGGGAAGACCUAUUUCUUCAAGAACUUGGGCUACUGGGAGUUCAACGAUGCUCUCAUAAAGGUGGCCCACGCUCGCCCCAAGCUCUCUUCCCGCAGAUGGAUGCAGUGUGCGCGCAGCGUCAACGAUGUGGAUGAGGAACAGCGCUGGACGGCUCCCCUGGUAUCCGGCAGCAAUGACACCACGGAUGGCAGCGCCGCCUCGACUAGCUUAAGCCAACAGGAUCAUAGUCUAAUUGUCAUCCUUCUGGUGGCAUUCACAUACUUAGCCUGGCGUAGUUAAGAUUGCCACAGCAUUCAUCUUUUAAAAGCGUGGCAUAGCUGUAGGCCUAGUUUUAAGGCAUCGACCAUAAGCAACCGGGUACUCGAGCAUUGGUCUAUGUACAUACAUAGAUAUAGAUAGAACUUAUAUAGAGACGUGUAUAACGGCUCUACUGUCAGACAGUAGAUCGCUCCAAAACGAUAAUACACACAGCGGCCUUACGCAUCCAUGUGCGAGUGUUUAUUUUAGCAAUCCAAAAUACUUGACACUUGCUGUUGAAGAACAAGACAGAAAACUAAAUAAACUAAAUAAACUAAAAUAUAUCUAUAACUUGCCAGACGCCAAUUUCCGAAUUGCUUUCUUCUUUCGCAUCUUUUUUAUAAAGUUUACAACUUUUAUAAAUAUAUGAUAACUGAUAGAAAUCUAGUUUUAUGCGCAGUGAAUCCGAUAAAGAAUGUCUCGAAUUUUCUCACGCCACACUGCCUUGUAUAAUUAAGUACAGUAUUCCCCUCUAUGAACGAACAGAUUGGCCCGACUCUUAGUAGCUAUGAGCUGCCCGCAUUUGUUUUGUAUUUUUUUAAAUUGACUAUAAAACAAACGAAAAACCCUUCUAAUUAUUUAUAUUUAAAUAAUGUGAUAUUAUCAUAAAAUUUGAUAUGUGUGCGAUUCAAGAAUGAACCAAAAUAACAUACACUCAAGAUCAGAAACCAUUUAUACAACAAUUCGAGUUAGACAUAUAUAUUU